AUGUCAAUAAAAUCAACUGUCCGUAAAUUACCAACGCUUUCAUCAGUGCACAUGCCAAUAUCUUAUCGACGAUAUCAAAAUCGUGCUGCAGCUGUUUAUGAUAUGAGUAUUAAUUGUCAUGAUAUUGAUACAGUAUGUCACAUACAUCGUUUAUCUGAAACUAUUAUUUUACAAGAUUGGAAAGGAAAUAUUGAUUAUUUAAAAAUUAAAUUAAAUUUAAAUAAUCGAAAUGAUAUUAAAAAUAGAUUUUUAAAAACUAUGAAAGAUAUUGAAGAAAAUAAUAUUCAACCAACACUUGCUGCAAUUGUUCAUUAUAUACCGUUUAUUUACAUUGAACAAGCCAUAGCAGAGCAAGAUAUUAAAAAUGCAUUGAAACGUUUUCUUCGUGAAUUUAAUUCAAAAAGAAAGCCAGAAAAAGUUUCUAAAACCGAUAAUAUUAUUCAACAACAAUUAAAUGAUGGUCAACCUAUUCUAACGUCAUUUGAACAAUAUUUACUCGUUGAACAUUUUAUUAAAUCAGUAUCAAUAAGAAAAUUUCGAAGACUAAUUGAUAUUGAAAAAUGUCUGCUUGAAUUUAUUCAACUAAUUAUCAAGACAAAUUAUUCGUCAUUAAAUAAUAUUUCUUAUUUAAAUAAAGCAUGGUUGAAAAUAUUUCUUCAAUCGGCAUAUCCUCGAUUACAGUCAGAUGCUCUAUCUUGGCUAAACAUAAAUCAAUUAUAA